CCGCGGUCGCCUCGGGAUCAGGGACCAGAGAGGCUGCGGGGACCGGGCUGGGCGGGACCCCAGGGAGGCGGGGGCUACGGUACCCGCCCCGCCCGCCACACCUGGAGCCGGGGACCCGGAGAGGCGGGGCGGGGCUGCGCGCUGGCCCGGCGCCGGAGCAGCUCGCCGGAGCGGCCCGGACCUGAGCGGGGCGAGGGGGAGGGUCUGCAGGCCGAGUCCGCGGCUCGGGGACGGGACCCCGCACCCGGGGGGACGCCGGCCCCCGCGAGGCGCACCGGCGCGCGGCGCGGCCAUGGAGCGGGCGGGCCCCGGCUGCGCGCGGCCGCGGGAGCGGGACUCGGUGGAAGCGUGGCUGGACGACCACUGGGACUUCACCUUCUCGUACUUCGUUCGGAAAGGCACCAGAGACAUGGUCAAUGCAUGGUUUGCUGAGAGAGUCCACACCAUCCCUGUCUGCAAGGAAGGCUUCCGAGGCCACGCAGAGUCUUGCUCCUGCCCACCGUCGCAGAGCCCCCGCACAGAGAGCAGCGCCCCUGGAACGCCAGCCAGGAAAAUCUCAGCCUCCGAAUUUGACCGGCCUCUUAGACCGAUUGUCAUCAAGGAUUCUGAGGGCGCCGUGAGUUUCCUCUCUGACUCAGAAAAGAAAGAACAGAUGCCUCUGACCCCCCCAAGGUUUGACCAUGAUGAAGGGGACCAGUGCUCAAGACUCUUGGAAUUAGUGAAAGAUAUUUCUAGCCAUUUGGAUGUCACUGCAUUAUGUCACAAAAUCUUCUUGCAUAUCCAUGGACUCAUCUCCGCUGACCGCUAUUCCCUGUUCCUGGUCUGUGAGGACAGCUCCAAUGACAAGUUCCUUGUCAGCCGCCUCUUUGAUGUGGCAGAAGGUACAACACUGGAAGAAGCUUCCAACAACUGUAUCCGCCUGGAAUGGAACAAAGGCAUCGUGGGGCACGUGGCAGCGUUGGGUGAGCCCUUGAACAUCAAAGAUGCGUAUGAAGAUCCCCGAUUCAAUGCAGAGGUUGACCAAAUUACAGGCUACAGGACACAAAGCAUUCUUUGUAUGCCAAUUAAGAAUCACAGGGAAGAGGUCGUUGGUGUAGCCCAGGCCAUCAACAAGAAAUCGGGAAAUGGUGGGACGUUUACUGAAAAAGAUGAAAAGGACUUUGCUGCUUACUUGGCAUUUUGUGGUAUCGUUCUCCAUAAUGCCCAGCUCUAUGAGACUUCACUUCUGGAGAACAAAAGAAAUCAGGUGCUGCUUGACCUUGCUAGCUUAAUUUUUGAAGAACAACAAUCACUAGAAGUAAUUCUAAAGAAAAUAGCUGCCACUAUUAUCUCCUUCAUGCAGGUGCAGAAAUGCACCAUUUUCAUAGUGGAUGAAGAUUGCUCCGAUUCCUUUUCUAGUGUGUUUCACAUGGAGUGUGACGAAUUAGAAAAGUCAUCAGAUACUUUAACAAGGGAACGCGACGCAAGCAAAAUGAAUUACAUGUACGCUCAGUACGUCAAAAAUACUAUGGAGCCACUCAACGUCCCAGAUGUCAGUAAGGACAAAAGAUUUCCCUGGACAAAUGAAAACACAGGGAACGUAAACCAGCAGUGCAUUAGAAGUUUGCUUUGUACGCCUAUAAAAAAUGGGAAGAAGAAUAAAGUGAUAGGGGUUUGCCAACUUGUUAAUAAGAUGGAGGAGAACACUGGCGAGGUUAAACCUUUCAACCGAAAUGAUGAACAGUUUCUGGAAGCUUUUGUCAUCUUCUGUGGCUUGGGAAUCCAGAACACGCAGAUGUAUGAAGCUGUGGAGAGAGCCAUGGCCAAGCAAAUGGUCACGUUAGAGGUGCUGUCCUAUCACGCGUCAGCAGCGGAGGAGGAGACGAGGGAGCUACAGUCCUUGGCGGCUGCUGUGGUGCCAUCCGCCCAGACCCUUAAGAUCACCGACUUCAGCUUCAGCGACUUUGAGCUGUCGGACCUGGAGACGGCGCUGUGCACAAUUCGCAUGUUCACCGACCUCAACCUCGUGCAGAACUUCCAGAUGAAGCAUGAGGUUCUUUGCAGGUGGAUUUUGAGUGUUAAGAAGAAUUACCGGAAGAAUGUCGCUUAUCAUAAUUGGAGACAUGCCUUUAACACAGCUCAGUGCAUGUUCGCAGCCCUAAAAGCAGGCAAAAUUCAGAACCAGCUGACGGACCUGGAGGUGCUGGCCCUGCUGAUCGCAGCCCUCAGCCACGAUCUGGACCAUCGCGGCGUGAACAACUCCUACAUCCAGCGAAGUGACCACCCGCUUGCCCAGCUGUACUGCCACUCUACCAUGGAGCACCACCAUUUCGACCAGUGCCUGAUGGUUCUCAACAGCCCGGGCAAUCAGAUUCUCAGUGGCCUCUCCAUUGAAGAAUAUAAGACCACGUUGAAAAUAAUCAAGCAAGCGAUUCUAGCUACAGACCUGGCCGUGUACAUUAAGAGGCGGGGAGAGUUUUUUGAACUUAUAAGAAAAAAACAAUUCAACUUAGAAGACCCUCACCAAAAGGAGUUGUUUUUAGCGAUGUUGAUGACGGCGUGUGAUCUCUCUGCGAUUACAAAACCCUGGCCCAUUCAGCAACGGAUAGCAGAGCUUGUAGCGACUGAAUUUUUUGACCAAGGAGACAAAGAGAGAAAAGAACUCAACAUCGAGCCUGCUGAUCUCAUGAACAGAGAGAAGAAAAACAAAAUCCCAAGUAUGCAAGUCGGCUUCAUCGAUGCCAUCUGCUUGCAGCUGUAUGAGGCCCUGACCCACGUAUCGCAGGACUGUUUCCCUUUGCUGGACGGCUGCAGGAGGAACAGGCAGAAGUGGCAGGCGCUGGCCGAGCAGCAGGAGAAGAUGCUGGUGAACGGGGCCAGCGGCCAGACCAAGCGCAGCUGAGGCCCGCGCGUGUGUGCGCGGCUUCCAGACGCAGUCUGCGUCCGCCCGGGGCGCUGGGCACCGUCCAGGUGUGGUGUGUGUGCGUCCACUGCUGUAUUUUUAUUUUUGCACAACGUUGAGAGCACAGCACGCAGUGUCUUUAGGGGACCCUUCUGUAUUUCUGUGUAUUUGUUUUAUGCCACUGAGCUGAGCUGAGCUAACUGACACGUGGGCUCGUGUGCCACCUGGGCACUGAAGGUGCGGGCUGUGUCCCCGCACUGGGGCUGCUGGUUUCGCUGGGAGGUUUUAAAUCAUUGGUUUUGUGUUUUGGGAAUUACCAAUCUUUCAAGAAUGUUUGGAAUCUUUUCUUUCUUGAAAAUAGGCGAGGAGCGAAUUGAAUAUGAUCUGUGACAUUUAAAACCUUCAAAGGAUAGAGAAAAAUUGUGGGUUGAGUGUAUUUUAAGGGGAAGGGGGGACAUUUAUCAAUGAUGUAUCACCUUAACACAAAAGUAAAAACUCUGACACAAACAGAAGGUACUGUAAGGCGGUAUUGCAAAGCAAAGGUGUCAUUUAAUUAUCACUGGUUUUAUUGAGACAAGUGGGAUCCAGAAGUGGAAUGUGUGUCGGCUCUGUUGGAAGACACUUUGGAGAAGCAGUAAGUGUUUCAAAUAUUGAUUCCUCUUUUUAUGUAACUUCCUCAUUGCUCAUCUUACAAACCAUAGUUCAUAAGUGAACAGUUUAAAUCUCAGCAGGAAAGCAAGAAAAAUGUGAUAAUUGGAGCACUGACCUAAAGUGAGAUAACGGCUGUAGAGAAGAGGAUACAAAACAAAUCCAUUUUUAUUUUUCUUUGUCAAAUGAAGUACAAAGUUUUAAUUAUAUAAACAGCAGAAGGCUAUCCUUGGUAUUGGGGUCACAAAUGAAAUCGGGGGAGCAGCAGGGUAAGAAACCUGAGACCAUACUGACUGUGUGACUGACAGGUGCCUUGUUUGCUUUGUAGGACUAGUCACCCCACAAUCACAGCGGUUGGGGCACGUACCCUGAACCCUGACCCUCGCUUGGACGUGGUGGUAUUUACUUCUCACGGCUUUCUGUACAUUUAGAAAACGUUAACGUGUUCUUAGAAUUGGAGCCCCUUUCACUGGGACUCUCCUGCAAGCGAGCUCCUAACGCACAGUGAGUAUUGGAGAAGUAGAGUCAGGUCUCCAGGCAGGACAGGAAAAUCUCCCAGUACCAGGGAGUGUGAGUAGGAAGAGAGCUAUCUGUGGGAUUGGUUAACUCCCUUCCCCACCCCCAAAAGUUUCUGAGCUUCUAUCAGUAAUUUGGAUAGAAAAUCUCGGGGUUAUGGCACUGCAGCCUUCUCAGUGACUUUUCACUAAAACACGUUUUUCCAUUCGUGUCAUUUUUCUCUAAACUGCCUAAAAUUCAACAUGUUCCUUAAGUUUUUAAAAUCAAGUACGUAUAUGUAUCUUGACAUAAUGUAGCUGUAUUCUUUACCAGUCAGGUAAAGGGGGGGGUGAGUGGGCCAAACAAAUUGUACGGCCGUUAUUUUGUAGUAGUGAAGGCGGCCUAGAAAGGUAUCCGCCGUUUAACGCUACAUGUAUUGCUAUUCUCACACUACUUGUAUUUUCAGAAUGUUAUUCUAUUUUUAUUUUAUGUCAUACAGAUGAGAUCUGUAAGGUUACCUCUUGGUGGCACUGGUGUGUAAACUACAGACUGUCGCUGAAACAAUGUGCCCACAUACUGGUAUUCACCUAUGCAUGAUAUGUGAUUCCUUAGUGCAGAAAACUGUUUAAAGAAUAACCGUCUUUAAUAACCUAUCUUUUCAUUGUAUACAUGUGACUUAGCAGUUAUGCUAAAAUCUGUAGUCACAUACUUCAGUAGUUUGUUUAGACCCCUCUGGUAUAUGUCCCUGAGAUUUUUACAGACAUAGUAUACUCAAUGGAAGAUAUAUGAGCGUGUGUCAUUUUAACAAGCAAAGAGACAUAUUUAGAUUAGAAAUUGUUUGGUUUACCUUUAGAUCAUGAUUAAUUUUACUUUACUAGUUUAGAAAUUAAAAGAAGUUGGGCAAUGCCAUGCCUAUUUUAUUGUUGGGUGUUUUGGUUCGUACAGAAGUACUUCUUUAGGACUGGUUAGUUGGUUCAAAUAAGUUUUAGGAAAAUCAUUCCAUACAUGGUUUCAUAUAUGGUACAUGGGCACAAAUCAGAGUUUUCGUUCUUAUGUGAAUAUUUCCUUCCCGGUAUCUUCUUAAGCUGGAAAAAAACUAACUUUCUAGCCCUCCCCACCACCCCCUGUAUUUAUACCGCUUGUUGCAGAUUUUGUUUUUGUCAUAGCUGAGUCACAUGACGCCAUUUCAGUUCCGUUUUCAGCCCGAAGGCCCCACUCAAUUACUAAGUUGUCAAAAUGAUGUCUGUGAACGUGCCUGGCCUUGUGGCUUCAGAGGACUGGCUUUUGCCAUCACACCUGUGGGAACUUGGUAGGUCCCUGCAUGUCCACACGUCCGAACAAGCUGUGCUGUUAGGGGGUGUCACAGAGGCAGUGACCAGGCUGGCCCUGCUGGGCCCUGGACACCACUGUCAGAUGGGACAUGGGCCACAGAGCCCGGCGAUCUAAUCCCACACAGCAUUUCUUAGGCUGAGUUUCCCAGACUGAAAAACGAAGGACACAUCUAUGCAGCUUCUCAUGUAGGUGGCUGUUGAGUGUGGGGUCAGAGCUCUGUGAGGGAUAGACCCUGGGUGGCGAUGUCACCACCGAGCUCUUAGGUGUGAAGAGCCGUGUCCCCUGCCAGCACAUCUGCAGACGGAACACGGGAGGAGCCUGACCAACAGGCACAUCCUUGCCUAGCAGCGAAGUGCCUUUAUUUUCAGCAUAGAACACAGAUGUUAGAACACUUCGGUUUGGUUUUCAGUUUUCCUAUUUUUCACCCAAUUGUACUCCUAAAGCUUAACAGGCCAUCACAAGCGACACUGCUUUGUUUUGUGUGUACAAGGUUGGUUUACGGGGAGUGGGGGCCAAGCGUACUGCCAUCAUCUCCAGUGAAUGGCUGUAGUGACAACAAGGUAGUAGAACUGAGUGGCUCGGUAUCAGAGGUGCAUUGAUGCGUUUGAGUCCCUGCCACAUGCCAGGCACUGUCUCCACGUGGGACAGGGCGGCCACCCCACGCGGCUCAGUCUCAGCAGACAGUCUGCCGACAACGUGAACACCUAGGCUGCAUCAGGGUACUUUGGUUUUCCUCUGUAACAUGCAUUAUACAGCUUCCCAAGCGCGUCUUCACCGGAACUUUCUAAGAAUCUGUUCGUGACCGUCUGGUCUUCCUGCUCGGAGGACUCACUCAGCCUGCUGAGGGCCUGACAGGCUCUCAUCUAAAGAGCGACAGCUGACCGGAGUCGUGUGUUCCACCGGGGACGGGGACGCAGUUUCUCCGCACGCUCGUCAGGGGGAGAUGGCUCAGGGUUCCCAGUCUGCUAAACUGUGCCGUUCUGACCCUCUGCUCCACCACAGGGAGCGAGGAAAAAAGGUUUACGGCUCACCCUCCCGUCCAUACACUUCUCCAAAGCCUGUGUAAACAUGUCUGAAUGAAUGUGACUGCAAGUGAUGUAAAUAGUUGAAAAUGUACAUUUCUAUUACAGUUUAAGAAGAGAAAACCUUACGAAUCAUCACUGGCCACUGUUAAUACCUAUUUGUAUUCUUAUACCUUUUCAAUAUAUUUGAACAAAUAUAUAGUUUCUGGCACUAUUUUUGUACUAGGAUAAAGGAGUUAUGAUGGACAUUAUGUUUAGCUUUUAAGUCAUUUUAAAGAAUUGUGAAUGCCCGUUUCUGUCUCUCCUCUCCCACCACGAGAAGCGUCUCAGAGGCAGUCACGUAAGGAGUCCUCACUGGAUGAUCUCCGUGAGGCCAAGAGAAGGUCAGGGGGGUUGUCCCCUGGGCGGACACCUCGCCUGUCAGCUGUUUCCUCAUUUUGCUGUGCUUUGUAAAAAUAAAAAGAAUGGACGAA